UAAAAAACUUUUUAUGGUUAGGUAUAUUGUAAAUGUGAUGUUGAAAUAAAUAAGUUUUUACGCUGUAUUUCGAUCAAAACAUGUGGAAAUUCAAGUGGCUAAAAUGUCUCAAAAUUUUGUUGUUGAUAAUGAAUAUAAAUUGUGAUGAUGAAAAUGGUGACUAUAUUUUUGGCGACACCAAAUAAAUGAAAAACGUUUUAAAUCCGACAAAUACGACCGAUACUCUAUGUAAAAUAACAGAUUUACAAGCAAAAUUAAAAGGUCUUUCUUACACUGAAGCAGAAAUGGCCAAGUAUAAGAUCUGGCCAAAUGGUAUCGUUCCCUAUUAUAUCGACAGGUUUUCAUAUGAUCCGGUAUUUUGCAAAAAGUUAGAUAUAUUCUUGGAGACCACUUCUCGGAGUACCGCAGUGCAAUUUCUGAAGCUAUCUGCGCCUCCUACCGAUGAGUCGUACCGUUGGGUUUACUUUCUCAAUAGACGAAGUGUCGCAAAUUCUGGUGGCUGUACAACUAAAAACUUCACUUAUGAAGGCGUUCAGAGAGUAGUAAUCGGUCACAAUAGUCCGUUUAAUGGCGAGUUGUAUGAAGCUGUUCUGGCUUUGCUCGGGAUUCCUCCACAACAUAAUGCUCCUGAUCGUGACGAUUAUAUUACCGUCAACUACGAUAAUAUCUUGCCAGACAAAGUUCAUAUGUUCGAGAAACUUAAAAAAGACGAAUGGCUUUUCGACGGCUUGGAAUACGACUACUUUAGCGCAGGUCACUACAGUUUGCACAAAUAUACUCGCAAUGGGAAAGCAACCAUAGUACCUAAGUCAGUUCAUUUGAGAGAAGAUAUAGGAGACGGCAUUGGAUUAACUUUUAAUGACUUUAUAAAAAUACAUAUACUGUAUUAUUUUAUAUCGCAAAAUGCCAAUGUAAUGAAACAGGAAAACUGCAAAAAAAUGUUUAAACCAGGACCUAAAUUCAAUAGUUUCCAACCGAAAGCACUGUCUGCAAGACUUCCGCUACGUAAACAACAAAAAUAUUUAAUUGUUAAUGAUGAUAAUGGUGAGAAAAAAAGUAAAGACGAUAGUUUGAGAUCAAAAACGACAAAAUCAAGACCAGUAAAAAGGAAAAAGUUUAAGAAAAGAAAAGUUAAAUUAUAAUUUUCAAUAAUAUGGAUUAUUAAAUAUGGAUUGUGAAA